AGGGUUUUUUGCAUCUGCACAAGAAAAUGGAGGAGAAGGGCAUGGAAGAAUGUAUGGAAGGUAUGGAGUCGAUCUCGUUGGACAAGGCACCGCUGGCGUAUUUCUCCAGCAGCGACUACAGGAGCGCCAUGGCGGCCAGUGGGGCGAUGUCUCCCUCGGCAGAUCAGGAGGACGAUGAGGACGGUUUUCUUGGAGCUCAAUCAGGGCCAGAACCAGAUCCUAGGGUCUCAGAUUCAUCCAAGGAGGUCCCGAUCUCCAGGAACGGGGGAAAUUCUUCUCAAGAAUUUCUCACAAUGGCCGUCACGCAGCCUCAGAAGAUCCAAGAAUCCACGGGCUCCUCGCUGGUUCCCAACAUCUACGUGACCUAUCUGGUGGUAUCGCACACCAACAUUCCCGAGUAUGGUGGUACGGAGUUUAGCGUGAGAAGAAGAUUUCGCGACUUUGUCACGCUCGCCGACCGCCUCGCGCUGGCUUACAGGGGCUACUUCAUACCUCCUCGCCCGGACAAGAGCAUCGUGGAGAGCCAAGUGAUGCAAAAGCAGGAGUUUAUCGAGCAGAGGCGCGUGGCUCUGGAGAAGUACUUGAGCCGGCUCGCGGCCCAUCCAGUUUUGAGGAAGUCCGAGGAGCUCAGGCUGUUUCUUCAAACGAAUGGGAAGCUACCUUUGCAGCCAUCCAUCGACAUGGCCUCGAGAAUGCUGGAUGGAGCAGCAAAGCUGCCCAAGCAGCUCUUUGGCGAUAGCAGCACCGUGCUGGCUCCUCAAGAGGCGUCACAGCCUGCCAAAGGUGGCAGAGAUUUGAUUAGAAUCUUCAAGGAGCUGCGGCAGUCCGUCACAAAUGACUGGGGGGCGUCCAAGCCUCCCGUUGUUGAGGAAGACAAGGAGUUUUUGGAGAAGAAGGAGAAGCUCCAGGAUCUCGAGCUGGAGCUUACUGAGGCUUCUCAGCAGGCUGAAGCUCUGAUCAAGGCACAGCAAGAGGUUGGGGAUGUGGUGGGAGAUCUCGGACUUGCUCUGAUACGCAUAGGAAAGUAUGAGUCUCAAGAAGCGACUGGCAACGCUCAAAAGGUCCACGCCACUGAUGUCAAGCGCUUGGCAACGGCAGCAGUGAAAGUGAGCCGCUUCUACAAGGAAUUCAACGCUGAAUCUUGCAAGCAUCUGGACCACUUGCACGAUUAUCUUGGUCUCAUGCAAUCCGUGCAUACUGCUUUUUCGGAUCGCUCCAGCGCUUUGCUGACCUUGCAGACACUGAUGACGGACCUCUCGGCGAUGCAUGCUCGCAUCGAGAAGCUGAAUGCUUCUUCCUCGAAAACUUUCGGGGGCGAUAGAUCCAGCAACCGGAAGGUGGAGGAGCUGAACGACUCCAUCAAGACAGCGGAGAAGAGCCGGGACAAAGCGCAAGAGGAGUACGAGCGAAUCAAGGAACGUAACCGGAGUGAAAUCGAAAACUAUGAAUGCGAUCGACAAAGAGACUUUUUCAGCAUGCUAAAGGGCUUUGUACAAACUCAGGUGACGUAUAACGAGAGAAUCGCCAGUGUGUGGAGUAAAGCCUUUGAAGAGGCUGGUUCCGCCUCUGUGUAAGCUAUUUGUUUCGUGGUUUUUUUUGGUUAAUCGUCAAAUGGAGAAGCAAGAAACUCAAUAGAGUGAAAAUUCUUCCAUUUAGACAUAUUUUUGUUUACCAGGGAGCAUCACACUCAAAGUCAUACAUUUCAUAUCGCAAGUAACACAUAUGCCCCACUUCACCCAAGCAAGCAGCAGCACCAAUUGCGAGUGGAACAUACUUGUCAAACAUGGCUUGGAUGUUUCUUAUGCAUGCCCUGCAGCUAUCAUACGAGUCGAAACCAACAGGGCAAGAGUAGCAACCAUAGGCAAUAAAUUUUCCACUACCUUCUUGGAGAUAGCCACCCAAGAUCCUCAAGGUGUACAAGCUUGAAUACAUGAGCUUUAGAUUUGCA